CUUUGUUCCAAACUGUCUGUGUAUAUUCUAUCGGUGUGGAAUCACUUUCAGUAUUGUUUUGUUUAUGUUAUUGUUUUGCUGUUGUUUAUAGUUCAGCUUCUUUAGCUGAGUCGGAAUGAGCUUAUGUGAGACUAUAACAAAUCCACUACCACUAGACCCACUACCAGAAAAUAAGUUAGAAGACAGAAGAUUAUGGAUAGGAAAUCUUGAUCCAAGGAUCACUGAUUUUUAUUACUGGUACCACCUCCUCAAAAUCCUGCAAAAAUAUGGAGAUUUCGAGAGAUUUGAUCUGCUGUUCCACCGUUCGGGGCCAUUAGCAGGACAACCACGUGGAUAUGCCUUUGUUACCUACAAAGAGUGUGUCGAUGCCAAAAAGGCCAAAGAAAGUCUUGAUGGAAAGAUGUUGGGCUGCAAAAGAGUUGCGGUGCGAUGGGCAAAUAGUGUUAGCAAGGAAGAUAUGGAUAAACCAAAGCCUAAACUGGAAAUACCAGCACUCGCCGGAGCCAAGAGUGAGAAAAAAUUGAGCCGUGAAAUAACAAUACAGGCCAUUGAAGCAAAGCUGAAGAUGAUGGAACAUAAUAAUUCUGAUGAAUUUAAAAUCAACAACAGUCCUUGUGGCACUGCACCUACAACACGGGCAUCACUCUUGCAGCAAAAUAACACGCACAACAGGGGCAGAGGACGACAUGACACAAGACCAUAUAAGAGAUUAAGUAACAGGAGAUGAUUUUGUGUGUGCUAUUAAUUGGCAUCCAUCGAAGUUGAGCAUAGGGAAAGAUUCGCACAAUUCAAAGCAAUACACUAUUGUCUUCAGAUAAUGUAAUAGUGAUCAUUUAAAUUUAUUGAUUAUUCAGAUUAAUUCUGAAACAAUACCUUUCUUUAAUAAAUGAUCAUAAGUAUAUUGGGUUGAUCUGUAUUGAAGAAUGAACUAGAGUUUUGUGAUUGUGAGAAAUUUUGCUGUCAAGAAAGAACACGUGUGAGGUAUACAGUAGUACAUUAGUGCUGGACUGAUCUUAGAUCUUCAUACUGGCUUUCAUUUCAUUUAGUAACAAGUGCUGCAGGUGACUCUUCAGCCACAAUACAAAUAAUAGACAUACUGCUGCUGCAGCUUUAGACUUAAGUUCUUGGAAGAAAAGUAAGAUAAUGGUGGUGUUUUCCCCUUGUGCCAUCACAGUAGUUCAUACUGUUUGAAAUCUGUCAUUGGCUGACUGACAGUAAACCAUGCUGGUACACACCUUCUUCUUGUGCUGUGACUACAAGUAAUUACUUUUGCUAAGACUGCAUAGCACACCUUACUAUCUAGACUUCUUUAUGAAACAAUAUGGCAGGACAACUGCACUUAGUAAUCAAAGUAAUGGAAACUGAAUGUUUUCAGGGCGACAGCUGUUUCAGAAAUAAAUAAAACUGUAAAAUUUAGCACCACGAACACUUUCUGCCCUAUUCUUGUCGUACAUCAGUUGAAAUGCCUGCUUGACACAGGAAACAUAUGUCACCUGAAUUGAGGAAGUAUUUGGAUACCAGAUGGAAUACUAGCUCAAAAUUUAAGCUUAAUGCUUACUUUUCUGUAUAUACUGUUGAUUUUUGAAGAGAUUAUAUAUCUUUUGGUAUUAGAACUCCUGUUUGUAGCCUUUCCAUGAGACUAAUCAUUGAUUACUUUUAUUUAAUCAAAUUACAUUUCAAGAACUGGACCUUAUAGCUUAAUUGUUAUUAACUUACAAUUAAUGUGUGUUUUUUUUUCAAAACAUAUAACAUGUCAAAAUUUAAACAACAAUGUCAUUACAAAUGCUAGUUAUAAAACACAUUAUAAAUUAAGUUUCACAUUUUUACUAAUGUUUAAAAUGAUCCUGUAGUGUCAGAAAACUAUUAUUCUAGUUUAUUCCCUAAAGGAAGGCAAUGUUCUUAAAUUUAUUACUGUCAUAAAAUAUUUUUAUCAGCAGUAGAAGUUGAUCUUUUUAUGCAUCAGUCAGAUUUGCACAUUUAUAGAAAGGAAGCUGUAACAUUGUUUGUGUUAAAUAUUUAGUACUUAUCACAAGUGGAAUGACUAAAUUUUUAUCUUAUUAACUUUGCAUCAGGAAAUAAUUAUGUGGUAAAUGAAUUACAAAAUAAAAUAAUUAGUUGAAAUAGAACUUUCUUGAAUACAAGAAUAAAAAACUGCAGUAGUACCAAGUAGGAAAUGUCAUAAUAAUGAUUGAUUUUCAUGAUGAUACAAAGCUUAAGUGACAAAUAUGGCAAAUUAAUCGAUGCAAGUUACUAUAAAACAUCGCUGUUGACCUUAUUUUAUUUCUGACCGUGCUGUGUUUUAUUGUUACUUGAAACCUGUGUAGUCUCAUGCUGAUUAGUGCAGAAAGCCAUCUGAAAUGCAAAUUUAGCUUCUUGAAUUUAAUUGAAAUACUUUUGUUGCUGUAUUUUUUGAAAUUUUACUGUGGUGCAGUUUGAAAUUUAUUACUUCCCUUACAGUCUGGAUACAGUACCUGCUCACUGAAAAAGAGAAGAAUAGCAAGGUAGUGUUGCAUGAUGACUGAAGUCUGACAGAGCAGACAUUUUAACAUAAGUGGCUCUAAAGCUUGUUAUUUAUUGUUGUGUGUCUCAGUUAUAAGGAAGAUUGUAAAAAAAAUCUUGUACUAUAGGUAGUUGCAAAUAUAUGUAUGUUCUGUA